CAUGGCGACCAUGUUCCGUAAAUCAGGGAGUCGGAAAUUUAGAAAGAAAAAUUUCAAUGCAGACGAGGAACAGGAAGAUGGAAAUGAGAACCAAUCUACAGAUAAUAACGUYAUUAACACUGCUGUCAAGGAGGAGAAAGUAAAAAGUUCGACAAAGAUAGAGAAAACGUUUUCAACWAAUUCACUUCUGAGCUUUGACCACGAUGAGAAUGACGAAGGUACUGAAGUUUUCCAAGUUAAAAAAUCAAAAGAAAGUCGAAGAUUGAGCAAAAAGAUAUCAAAAGAUAAGUCUAAAAAGAAUAAACCACGGACUCAGAUAAAAGAAGAAAUAGAAAACGAUGAUAUACCGCAAGAAGGCUCAGCAAAGGAUAAUGGYRUCGAUGCUGGAAAACUUGAAGCUUUACGAGCAGAACUUCGCGAAAUGUCUAAACUAGACGACGAGGAAGAUGACGAGGAUAAUGAUUUAGAAACAGACGACAAACCAGUGGUAUUUUCACAYCGUAAUGAGUUUAAUAUUCCUGAUGCAGCGACUAUUCACGCUCUUAAAAAGAAGCGAGAAAUGGCGAGGCAGCUAGGGACUGGGCAGGAUUUCAUUCCCCUUGACGACAGCCAGMGRUAUGAAGGUAGAUUUGACAGUAAAUCAAGACUUGUYCGAGAAGAUGAAAAUGAUGCCAGUGAUGACGAGGGGCCAAUUAGUUUUGCAGCUGUGAAAAAUGAMCAGCCAAUUAUCGCUGGAGGAGAAAGUGAAAACGAGGAAGAGGAAGAAGAAGAUGAGGAAACRAAAAGAUGGGAAGAUGAGCAAAUUCGCAAGGGAGUUUCAGCMUCUCAAAUCCAACAAGAAAAAGAACAGCAAGCUUUUGGUCUUGAUGCAACAUAUCAAGCUUACAACAUUUAUCCUUAUGGCGGAGGUUACAACUUAGAAUCAGYAACACCAACCUCUGAAAUUACUACAACUCCAAAAGGACGACUAAUUAGGGGUUCCACCACAGAAAAACCUACYAUGGACUCUAUUUUAGCUAGAUUAAAGGGACGACUAGGCCAGUUGCAGGACACGCAUCGUGGUCGUAUGCUAGAGAAAGAUAAGAUACUAUMCCAUAGCACAGUAUCUGAAGAAAGCAUAAUAAAGCUGUCCCAGCAUGGAAAAGAUGCCGAGAGGCAAUACAGUUUUUAUCAAGAGAUGAGGGGGUAUGUUCGGGACUUGAUAGAAUGCCUUAAUGAAAAGGCACCUUUAAUUGAUUCAAUAGAGAAGUCAAUGCAUGAAUUACUCAAGCAAAGAGCUCAAAGAUUAGUUGAAAGAAGACAAGAAGAUGUCAAAGAUCAGUCUGAUGAGUUUCUUGCUUUACAAACAGGGAAACAAAAACAAAACAGCAAGCCAAUAAUAGAUGAAUUUGGUCGUGAUAUGACACUAUACGUUGAGGAGUGUAAGCAAAGGAGAGCGGCUGACAGAGAGGGAAGAAAAAUGAGACGGCGAAGAAAGAGAGAACUGGAUGGUACUCAUAAYACWCACCAYGAGGGACUGUCUUCUGAUGACGAAGAAACAGAGAUARAUUCAAGACAGUUUAAGUCAGAAUCAGAUCGAAUCAUAGGACAGUCUAGGACUAUCUUUGAGGAUGUAGUAGAGAACUUUAGCUCCAUCAAUGCCGUCAAGCUGAGGUUUGAGAUGUGGAAACAGCAAUGUGAAGAUACUUAUAAGAAUGCAUACAUCUCACUAUGCCUCCCAAAGCUUUUCACCUUGUUUGCACGUAUAGAACUGAUUGCCUGGAAUCCUUUAAGUGCUGAUUCUCAAAGCUUAGAAGAAAUGUCAUGGUACAAGAAUCUUGUUGGGUUUGGUUUCCAAAACAGUGAAGACAUUGACUUAAAGGAUGAUGAUGUCAAAAUCAUUCCUUCACUGAUAGAAAAGGCAGUGAUUCCCAAGCUAAUAGAAAUUGUUCAAAAUGUUUGGGAUCCACUAUCAUCAAAACAAACUAAGCAACUAGUUCAGUUGGUCCAGUCCAUGGCUGAGGACUACCCGACAGUACAGGCAGAAAACAAAACAACUAGAAAACUCUUCACAAUAAUCGUAACCAGACUGCAAAAGUCUGUGAAUGACGAUGUGUACGUCCCUCUAUAUCCAAAACAGCUGCUCGACAACAAGUCCACAGGAACGCUUGCAUUCUUUCAGAGGCAGUACUGGUCCUGUUAUAAGCUAUUCAGUAAUAUCUUAUUAUGGGAUGGUCUGUUGUCGCCAACCGCUAUACAACAAUUGGCAAUUGAUGGGCUUCUCAAUCGAUACAUUAUAUUAGGAUUGCAACACUCUAGUCUGUAYUAUGAUAGUCUAGAAAAAUGUAAAUUGAUAACCAACUCUAUACCGAAAUCAUGGCUUGCUAAUUAUACAGACACUACGUUGCCUACACUAGAGACCUUUUCGCGAUUUCUUCUUAACCUUGCUUCAUGUCUGCAACGCUCUAGCGCAGGUUGUUCUGAUGUCGACAAGAAAAAGGCCAGGAGCGCCACUAAGAAGAUCAUUCAGUAUCUUAUAUCUCUAAAGGCUAAAGACAAAGCCAGUUCUUUAGCACGUGACUAUGGCCUGGACGAGCUGAUUGGUUGAUUAUGUCAUGUGAUUUGUAGAUAUGUAYRAUUUCGUGUAGAUUCGAAAAAACAAACACAAAAGCUCUUCGUAUUAAAGCAAGUUUCGCGCAAUGAAAAUUUAA